GAGGACCAGGAGACUGCCUUACAGUCAGGGUAAUCAAACGGGUAAUGUGAGCAACUGAUGCCAAGUGUAAACCGUUUUAUCAUCUCCUCCUCCCUAAAUGAUAGGAGAGGGAAACAUAUUGCCUAAUAGAUCUGCAGCUUCCUUUUGUCAAUCCAAUAAACAGCAGCUGAUGGCAACCAGUGCCAAGAGACCAUCCCUGCAGGGUCCUGUGCCCCCUCCUCGCAAGAAGACGACCCCCAAACCAGAGCUGACCGAGGAGCAGAAGCAGGAGAUCAGGGAGGCCUUCGAGCUGUUUGACACCGAUGGAUCCGGAUACAUCGAUGUCAAGGAGCUCAAGGUUGCAAUGAGAGCGCUGGGGUUCGAACCAAAGAAAGAGGAGAUCAAGAAGAUGAUUGGUGACGUGGAUAAGGAUGGCACGGGGAAAAUCUCUUUUGCUGACUUCCUCUCUGUCAUGACACAGAAAAUGGCCGAGAAGGAUUCCAAAGAGGAGAUCCUGAAAGCUUUCCGCCUGUUUGAUGACGACGAGACGGGCAAAAUCUCAUUCAAGAAUCUGAAGAGAGUUGCCAAAGAGCUGGGAGAGAACCUCACAGAUGAAGAGCUGCAGGAAAUGAUAGAUGAAGCAGACAGGGAUGGAGAUGGAGAAGUGAACCAGCAGGAGUUCCUGCGCAUUAUGAAGAAAACCUGCCUGUAUUAA